AUGAGGUGCUCUCUCUCUGGAUUACUCUUCCUCCUGUUGAUCUCACUGCCGUCAGGGAAUGGAAUGUUUGGAAAUGAUGGAGUAGAAAUUCGUACUUGCACUGCACUUAAAGGCAGGUGCUUCUUCGGUUGCAGAGUGGGAUGGAGAUGGGUAGCAUUCUGUCACAACAUAUUGUCUUGUUGCACAAAAAUGAAGAAAAAUAUCCUCCCUCAGGUCAAUGAGCCAUGA